GGAAUAACUUUAGGGGAGAAUCGACGUUUUAUUUCAACAAACCACAAGCAUUUGGUCCGACAUUACGAGUCUAGCAAUACGCCCCAACCUCCAAUCCUCCUCCGGCGAACGGUGGCCAGCAGCAGUAUAUCCGACGGUAUAUCUAACGCUCCAUGCGAAUAGGCUAUUUUGAGUAAGAAAAGAGGGAAAAUUACAGUAGAUAUUGAUUUGAAUCAAGAGGAUGGGGUCUGGUGAAGCUUUAAAAGCUGCAAAGGUUUACAGAGAGCUAAUGAAAGCAGUGAAGAAACACAUUGGGAAGGAAGAACACAAAACCCAUUUCAGAGACUUCAUAAAGUCGGAAUUCAAGAAAAAUGGAGAUGGGUUAGAGACAUCAUUCAUCCAGCAAAAAAUCAAACUUGCCCAUGAUUAUACUUUCCUUAUAAACAGUGUCCAUCAUCACCAGGAGUUGCUAUUUUCAUACAACAUUGCUGUCGAUAGAACAGAUGAAAUGAAGAGAAUACUUGGAAAAUCUGCUGCAAGUGUGGGUCUCCAGCUUCCUGAUGUUUAUCAACCUUGAAAUUUGGAAAGCAUGAAUGAUAAUUGAUAAAGCUCAUAAAUUUACUUCAUGAAUAAAUUUGGGUUUUUAAUUGGCAAGAUUAUAGACUAAAUUGGCUAGUUUUCUUUCUGAAUCUUGUUUAAGAGUUUGAGAUGUCUUGGACACUUCACAGUUUUGGCCUUCAUUGUCUUUUUCUAAUUGGCUUUGAAUUUUCUAAAAUGGUCAUUUUGUGUUGGGAAAUUGAUUACUUAGAACUUUACAUAUCAAUGUUUAAAAAAACGUUACAUUUUUUUUUCUUUA